CUCAACUUCAACUUUCCCUCUUUCUCACUCUCACUCUCACUCUCACUCUCAAUCAAACCUCGGAUAGAACAAAUCAGAAAUACUUAUCAAAUCGUCAUGAACACUGAUGCAGUCGGAUUGAACUUGUUCCUUAUCAUCAGAACUGUGGCUGGUAGUAUUUUGGAAGUCUUCUUUCUUUGUCUAGUGGGCUAUAUACUUGCUCGAAAAAAAAUCAUCACCGCCCAAUCAAAAACUACCCUUAACCAGAUCAAUGUCGCCUUUUUCACCCCAGCUCUCAUGUUCAGCAAAGUGGCCUUCAGUCUCACAAUCGAUAAACUGGCAGAGCUUUACAUCGUACCCAUUGGAUUCAUCAUUACUACUACUGCCUCUGCCCUCAUAGCUCAUCUAUUAGCUCGUUUUGUGUUUCGAUUGCGUACUUCGGAGUCAAAGUUUUGUAUCGCGGUGUCGAUGUUCAUGAACUCGAAUUCAUUACCCAUCGCUCUCGUGACAAGUCUUAUCGGUCAUUUACAAGGUACAAACGGAUUGGAAUGGGGUCCAAAUGAUUCAAAAGAUAAGCAAUUGGGUAGAUCUAUCACAUAUCUGGUUGUCUUUUCCACCCUUGGACUCGUACUCAGGUGGUCCUAUGGAGUCAGCCUUCUUUCAGCCUCAAUCUCCUCCCCUACCACUUCAAACGCAGAAACUCCAGCAAGCCGCCAUACACCACCUUCUCUCGAUCUAGAAUCCACUCCUUUACUUGACGCUGAUACGGAUGAUGAAGAAGUGCCCAAGACGCUAUCUGCGUCUAGCCUUAGAUUGAAUCUUGAUUCUGAAGAUCAAGAUCAACAACCUACGAACCGACCUUCGGCCCUUCUUCGGCCCGCUCCAAUCUCUACCGGACGACCAGCUCGUUCUCCCUCAGCCAGUAGUGUCUCCUUUGUUAUACCAACAAGACCCCGCCGCACAUCUACUUCCACGAUCACUACCAACACUUCAGGCUCUUCGCCAUACGCGCUCCGCCAUAACCGUGAAAGUCAUGACGAGCCCCCAGCAAGUCCAGAAGUGGGAAGAUUAAGGCGUCCGAUCUUUCAGAGCUUUCCAAACAUUGCAGUAAGAUGGGCCGAGUCCAUUGCUUCAUCUAGCCAAAGCCGUCGUAGUAGCGUUGUGAGCGCAUUGGAAGAUGAUGAAGAGGAAUCCGGAAUCGGUGGUGUAGAUGGUGUAGAUGCCGUUGGUCCACUUUUGGGGCCACCAUCACACCUACCCCACAAAGUACAUCACGGGCAUCAUCAUUCCAAGUCCUCAAUCCAGAAAUUCUUCAAUCGCUAUUGCAUUCGACCCUUGAAACGCAUUCAUCAGUUUAUGACUCCACCUUUAUAUUCUUCUCUUCUCUCACUCAUCGUUGUUUGCAUCCCACCUUUGCAAGACUGGCUCGAAGAUGUCGAUCCUUUGUGCAGUGCAUUGAAGAGUGCCGGCCACGUGUCGGUACCAUUGACGUUGGUCGUCUUAGGUGCCUACUUUCACGACGACCGUAAACCAGAAACGCUGAAUGCCGAUCAAGACGAAAGAGACCAUCCUUUCGAAUCAGUUAAACACCGAGCCCUUCGAGCCAAAUCUGAUCGACUCACCGUCACAGCUGCAGUCAUGUCACGACAAAUCUUAACGCCAUUGAUUUUAAUCCCAAUCCUAUACUUCAUCCUUAAACUUUUAACGUCUUCAAUCCCAUCAACAGGUGAUGGUAGUGGAGGAGUACAUGAAGAUCCAUGUUUUAUCUUAGUCUCAGUACUUUUGAUCGGAGCACCUCCUGCCAUCACUUUAGCACAAAUGACAUGUACCAAUCCUUUCCCGAUUGGAACUAAAGCUUUUAAAGAACAAGAUACACUUAACCAUCGAUUUCAAAGAUUAAUUUCAAAAACUUUAUUAAUGUCUUAUGUAUUUGUUACACCUGUGACUACUGUUAUACUUGUAGUAGCUGGUAUUGUUUUGGUUCAGGCUACACGAUGAUACAGAUUUACUUCCAUUUCUUUCCUUCUUUCUUUUUCUUUUCUCUCUGAUCAUUAUCUUUGGGUUAUAGCAGUUCUACUUUUUUUCUCGUCAUUUUUCCAUAGGGAUAAAGCAAGUAUAUAUGUAGCAAGUAUAAAAGUUAGAAAUCAAGUUGAAGUAUUUCAAAAACGUUUUGUGGUUUAGAUUGAAAUUUUUAAGAAUCAAAAGUGUUGUUGUGGUUACAUUUGUUUAUACAUAUAUAUAUAACUUGCAUUCUUUUUGUUUAUUUUAUUUUAUUUUAUUUAAAUCUGUAUUGGGGUUUUUCUUACAUUACAUUCAAGGGUUUAUAUUAUUAUUUUUUAGAGUUUUGGGAAAUAUUUUCUGUUGAUGUUUUUGGUUACUUGAGUAUGUGUUAUUGAAUGAAAAAGUUGUGAGAUAGUUAAGAAGAUCAAAUUUUUAUCGUCAAUGUAGAUUUAAGGUUCAUCUUGGUU